UAUACUGAGGUUAACUAAUGCGAAACACUAUUUAGACAACAUUUUUUCACAAUAUGGAAGUGGUUGAUGCCAAAGGAAACAUUGGUGAAGAUGCUGAUGAAAUGAACUGCAAAAACACCAUUACCAAUCACUCACCUUGUUCCAUUCCUACUACAGACAUUAGUGAAGUACUUACAGAAGGUGAUGACAGCCAGAUGAUUGCAGAGGAUACAAAACAAAACAAAGAUAUCUCUUCUGCUAUGGAAAACAAGCUUGAUGAGAAAUCUGAAGGAGACAACCACAACACCCAUGUCUGUGUAGAUAGUACAGAAUCUGGCAUUGAAACAGCAGUAAAUAACACAGAGAAAAUUAUGACUGAAAACCAGAAUUCUGGGACAGUACAAGUGGACACAACAUCGGGAACGCCAGUGGAAGGAGGGAUGCCCCAAUUGAAUGGGGACAAUGAAGCAAACAGGGUAGAAAAUUUGGAAACCGCAGAAAAUUUAGAUAAAAAGGUUGAGACAAUAGAUGUGGAAAUGCAAAAUGAAAUUGGGAAGUCAUCAAUGAAUGAAGACAUUACAGCAGAAACAGUAGAAAGCCUGGUAACUGCUAGUACUGAAAAUGAAAAUACAGAGACAUCUACAGUGACGAGUUUAAAAGAUGAUUUCUUAGUAAAUGGGCAGCACAGCAAAGAGACCACAAAACUAGCAGAUGAUGUAUUGAUGAAUAAAGAGACAGAUUACAGAGAACAGGAGAGUUCUGACAGUGACUCUGACAGCAGUAGUAGCAGUUCUAGCAGCAGCAGCAGUAGUGAUGAAGAAGAACAAAACAUAUCUUCUCCAAAGAGACCAAAUUCUGUAACAGAAAAGGGAAACAAUAAAUUCCUCUUUGAAGAUCUCAAAACUGAAGGAGAAAUCAGUCUAGAGAACCUGCCACCUAUAGAGGAGUUGUCCCUGGAUAUUGAGGAAGGACUGGAAAUGGUGCCAGUGGGAACUGUAUCAAGCGUACUUGGGGUUCUUGCCAUAAUUCAGUCUGCAGUUGGAGUGCCUCCUCUUAAUGAUGACACCAUUUUGUUCACUGAAGGGCCAAAGGUUUUAGGCAGGGUAUUUGAAGUUUUUGGUCCUGUUAGUACCCCAUGGUACUCUGUGAGAUUUAACACCAAGGCCGAUAUCGAAGCAAAAGGAAUUAAAACAGGGAUGUCGGUAUUCUAUGCACCACAGAAAGAGGAUUACACUAAAUAUGUGUUUGUCAGUUAUCUGAAAAGCCUGAAAGGAUCGGAUGCGUCAUGGAAAGAUGACAAUGAACCCCCAGAGAAGUAUAUGGAAUAUUCUGAUGACGAGGAGGAGAGAGCAUCAAAGUCCAAAUCAAGAGCUAAAGAUCGAUCCAAAUUUAAAGAUGAGGCUGAUGGCAAUGAAGGGGAUCAGUUACCUGGUGCUAAGAUAAGAAGGACCUCAGUGAGGGGAACUGGCAAGCCACAAAAAUACUGGAGAGACACUGAACAGCAUGGGCAAACUGACAAAAUGCAAAAUAGCUGGAAUAAUGCAGGUGACAACAGGAGAGGUGCACACAUUGGUUACAGUAACCAGCCAGUCCGAGGAACAGGCCCCAGAUAUGCUGGUCAAACAUACAGCAGAGGAGGAGGUGGAACAUCCCAACGCUUCCAUUUCCCCAGACCUAGAGGUCAAGGGCCUUUUGGUGGACCAGCCAACUUCCAUUCGGAGUCUCCCUAUACCAGGAAAACAGGCCCUGGCCAAUUUUAUGAAAGCAGUAACAGAAUUAUCUCUCCUGGUAGAUUUGGUUCUCCCAACACACAGAGAGUGCAAAACCCACCUGUUGGAAACACAAACUUUGGAUCAAAUUUCACAACUGGUGUUAAUGCCUGGAACAACUCAGAGAGUUACAAACCGUUCCCAUUGCCUGCACAAAUCAUUACUGACAACAGGCUAGUUAGAAACGAAGAUAGUCAAAUAUCGAACUUUUCAACCCCUCCACCAGUUCACCACUCCAGUUACAACCAAAGUUGUGGGUUUGAUAUGAAUCAGACACGUUUUCCACCACCACCACCACCACAAUCUACACAACACAUCACAUUUCAACCACCUCCCCCUUCUUUAAAUACUAACCCAAACCAAAUUAAUAUACCACCUCCAUUUUUACCUUCUUCCAAUAAUACGAAGAACAACACUUUUAUUCACAAUCCUUCAGUUCCUCCACCACCCCUACAUCCAAUACCCAUGGGUAACCAGCAGUAUAUGAGACCCCCCUAUCCCCAACAACCUCCAGUGUUUGGAGGACAGCCUCACUUUACCCAAGGUCCAAGUGGAAGACAAUAGAUAGGAAGUCUAGGUUUAAUAUUAAUACACAGGUAUGUUUAGUAGAUACACAUAUUACGAACCUGGUUUAAUUUGGAUUAUAUUUUUCAGAAGAUAUAUUAUCCAAAUGUAAGACGCUUUCUCAGUAUAAUGUGAUGUUAAUAGAUGCACAUAGACUUUAUCAGCUGCUGGAAAUGAUCAGAUUUAUAAAGAUAAUGAAAUAAAGUGAAAUUGGGCUAGUGCACCUCCACAUCUAGGAUUUGACAUUUCUUUUGAUCACUUCUGAUUUUCCUCAUUCAAUUUCAAGAUUUAGGCCAUACCAUCACUGACGAGUCCUAGAAGGAUGAAAAGCUACAUGAUGCCGUUUCAUUUCUUAUUCAACGCCACUGUAUGGUAUUCUUAAUGAGUACAAGGAUUGAGGUGCUAUUCAUAUGUAUGUCUUUUGUACAAUCUUCUAAUUCAUUAUUUUUUAAACAGCACAUUUAUUCAUUUUAUCCCACAGACCGACAUGUAGUUUUUGACACCAUUUAAAGAGCCAGACCCACUCCUUGACCGAUAUUGUUUUAUAUAAAAAAAAAUCAUGAUUUUCUAUUUUUCUUGGGUAGCAAAAGUUCUGACUAACCCUGUAAUACCGCAAUUUUAAAGUAAAUUGCUACCAAUCUAACGUAAUAAAUAGUUUUAAGAAACAAUUCGAAAUGACUCAUUGCUAAUUCAUAAUUAUGCGGAAAGUCCUGCCCUCUGACACAUGCGCAAAGAACUGUAAAUAAAUCUGCCGUCUUCCAACAUGGCAGAAAGCGUGCGAGGGAAGCGGGGAAGAAAACGUGUUUUGACAGACUCUGAGGCGAAAAGAAGGAAGAUGGCUAGUUCAUAAUCUGUGUCGCUCUCUGUUUAGCUCUCUCGUGUAGUAUCACUCAAAAAUCAUAUUCAUAAAUACAAUUAUCAUCGAAUAUUCGCUUUAGAUAGAUCCAUUUCGCGAUGUUCUAUAUGUUUGAUACCAUAUUGUAGCCCCCAUUUGAGGGCCUCUUUGCAAUUAAUUGUAGUUUUUCUCGUAUUCUGCACAUUUUUGUGUCAUAUCUAAGCAUUGAAAGAUGUGAUCAAUACACAUCUAUUUACAAGUGAUAUAACAUUGACGUACUACUCAUCUCCUCCUCCAAUUUUUGUUUUGGUUCUGCACAUAUCACGUGACUUUUCCUCAUCAAUAUUCAUAUCCUGGUGUUGAUUAAGGAGACUAAUUCCAGCACCGAUAUCUCUGGUACCCUUUCAAUUUCAAGUUCGAAACUUUAUAUAUUAUCUAAUAGUAUACAACAACAUUUCCAGUUAGUAAAAUAUGAUAAAAUAUCUAUAACGAAGUGGGUCUGGCUCUUUAAUAACUGUACAUUGUACAUCAUUUUUGUCUCCAUAGUUUACCAGUUGAUGGCUCUAAUGACCUUUUUAUGUGUUGACGGGCCGUUAAGAAUGUCAUAAUAAUAAUUGUCUCCAUAGAUUUUCAUUUACCUGUUGUAUAAUUUGAUAACCUCCAAUAAAAGUCUAUAUCAAAUCA